AAAACACAUGUCCAGCACUUCACUUCCAGUUGUACUUUUAGCGAAGGAAUUACUUACUCCUGUUAUCUCAGUGUUCUGAUCCGAAUUUUAUUUCAAAACACGUUAUACCACCAGUCGGUGAUAUAAGUGCUGAGAAGACCAUCGCUUUCCUCUUCAGGUGGACCAAUUCAGUGAAUUAUCAGUCGCAUAAGGAGAAAUUAGUAAUAACUGUUAUAGUCAUUUAUUUCAACUAGCAAAAGAACAAACGAUGGUGCGCAACCACCGAAAGGAUGAUGUAUCCGGAAAAUACACGGAUUAUAAUGGCACGGACGAGGGAGACAUCGAGCAUAAACAUGCCCCAGGAUGGCUGAAUUUCAAAACAAAAGUUGCCUGGGGAAAUGUCAUUGCAUUUGCAAUUUGGCACUGUAUUACUCUCUACUCCUUACUUACAUUUCCUUAUUUACAAUACAAGGGUCUUGUCCUAUGGGCUAUCAUUCUGUACUACUUCAACAUGCUGUCAAUUACCGCUGGUGUUCAUCGCCUCUGGAGCCAUCGAACGUACAAAGCAAGAUUGCCAUUACGAAUUUUCUUAGCCGUGUGCUACUACAGUGCAGGACAAAAUAAAAUCGCUCAGUGGGUGCGGGACCACAGAAUCCACCACAAGUACACAGACACCGAUGCAGACCCCCACAGCAUAAACCGGGGCUUCUUCUUCUCCCACAUCGGUUGGCAAAUGAUGAAGAAACAUCCGGACGUGGUGAAACGUGGUCUUGACGUAGACAUGAGCGAUGUUGAGAAUGACCCGGCGAUUGCUUUUCUAGAACGGCACUUUGCCUUCUUCAAAGUUCUUCUGUGCUUCGUCCUGCCAGUGGGGAUUCCAGUAAUCUUCUUCAAUCAGGAAUUGUGGGCAGCGAUCAUCACCCAAUGGUUCAUGCGAUACCCAGCUGAACUGCAUGCGACCUUUUCCAUCAACAGCUUUGCCCACAGUAUCGGCUACCGCAGUUAUGACAAAUCCAUCUUGCCAGUAGAGAAUGGAUUCAUCUCCUUGUUUGCUGUUGGCGAAGGCUGGCACAAUUAUCAUCACGUCUUCCCCUGGGACUAUAAGGCAGCUGAACUACCUAGUGUUCCCUUCAAUCAGGCAACCAUGUGGAUAAACAUUUGGGCUAGGAUGGGAUUGGCGUAUGACUUGAAGGAGGCGAAUCCGGAAAUGGUGAAGAGAGUUGUCAUGAAGAGAGGGGACGGUAGUCAUCCGGUUUACAGUCUGGAAACAGUUGGUGAUGGUAAGGAUUCGGGGGAGGAGCAGUCUCAUGAAUUGGAGCGCUAAAUUAUUGGUGGUGAAUAAAUGGAGAAAGUGGACGCGAUUCUUCUUCAUAUUUGAUUGUAACGACCAGAAAUUAGCAUAACAUUUCUGUAUAUUUUUUAUUGACGAAUCAGUUGAUUCGAAUGUUCAAUGGAAUUACGAUUUUGAGGUGCAUAUAACAGUAAAAAGUGUUAAAAUUGAGGCGACAAUUUUUUCUGAACUUUCAAUGUA